GAUGGAGCAGACAGCUGUGAGAAUUUGAUAAUAUUCCUUGUGCACAGUCUUCCAUCAUUCAGUUUGGUCUUAGAAGAGUGAGGAGCUUCCACGCCGGGGAAAUAAGGAGCAAAACUUCAUCGCCAUGUCCUUCCGGAGGUUUAGGAGCACCCCUAAAACGCUGGGGGACAUCAACAUGGUGACAGAAGAGCUGAAGACUCUCUAUUAUAAGAGGCUGCUGCCGAUAGAGAAAUACUAUUCCUUCCAUCACUUUCACUCACCGAGCUACGAGGACGCAGACUUUGACAACAAACCAAUGGUGCUGGUGAUGGGUCAGUACUCAACAGGAAAGACCACUUUUAUCAGGUAUCUCAUAGAGCAAGAUUUUCCUGGUAGCAGAGUUGGGCCAGAGCCAACUACUGACUGUUUCACCGCCCUCAUGUAUGGCGAAACGGAAGGAAUCAUCCCUGGGAAUGCCCUCACAGUGGAUCCAAAAAAGCCCUUUCGCAACCUUGACCCUUUUGGAAAUUCGUUUCUGAACAGGUUUCAAUGUGUUCAGAUGCCAAAUCAGGUCCUCGAGAGCAUCAGCAUAAUUGACACGCCAGGAAUCUUAACAGCUGCUAAAAGAAAACUAAGCCGAGGCUACGACUUCCCAGCAGUGCUGCGCUGGUUCGCAGAACGUGUGGAUCGAAUCAUCCUGCUGUUUGAUGCGCAUAAGCUGGAGUUCUCUGAUGAGCUCACUCGGGCCUUUGGGGCUCUCUGCGGCUACGAGGACAAGCUGCGUGUCGUUCUCAACAAAGCUGACAGGGUGGAUUCCCAACAGCUCAUGAGAGUGUACGGCGCCCUCAUGUGGUCGCUGGGGAAAGUGUUUCGAACCCCAGAGAUCUUGCGGGUUUACAUCGGAUCUUUCUGGUCGGAGCCGAGGCAGAUGUGCGACCACUACCAGCUGAUAGAGCUGGAGGAAGAGGACCUUUUGGCUGACAUAAGGAACCUGCCACGCAAUGCUGCAGUACGCAAGCUGAAUGACUUGGUUAAGAGGGCGCGCUUAGUGAGGGCUCAUGCACACAUUAUCAGCUAUCUGAAGCAGGAGAUGCCAACCAUUUUUUGCAAAGAAAGCAAGAAGCACAAUCUGAUCUACCAGCUUCCUGUAAUUUUCAACAAGAUCCAGCAACAGCAUCGAGUCCCAGCCGGCGACUUCCCUGACUGCACCAAGAUGCAGGAGAAACUUUUGGGUCAAGACUUCUCAAAGUUCAAGACACUGAAACCAAGUCUAAUGGCUUCCUUGGAUAAACUCCUCAGCACUGACAUCGCCAACCUGGUUCCUCUACUGCAACAACAAGAACAAAGGAAGAAAUCCCUCCCUGGCAUGCUGGACGGGGAAUUUCUGGGAACAUUCAGGCGUGAACAUUACAGGAGAGAUCCAUUCAAAGAACUGCCCAGAGAUGAUGAGAGCAGUGAGAUAGAUUUUGACGACUGGGUGGUGGAGAAGUACAAACCCAAAUAUGAUGAGAUUUUCUACAAUCUCAGUCCAAAUGAGGGCAAACUCAGCGGCACCAAAGUCAAGGAGUGGAUGACGACCACUCUCCUGCCCAACUCUGUGCUCGCCCAUAUCUGGAGGCUGUCCGACAUAGAUGGAGAUGGCAUGCUGGACAAUGAGGAGUUUGCCCUGGCAGUUCACCUUAUCGAGGGAAAACUGGAGGGCUACUGGCUCCCAAGAGAGCUGCCUUCUCACCUGGUGCCACCAUCAAAACGUCUAAGUACAGCAAGCGACGUGUCAGUGUAAACUUGAUGUCGAAAGGAAAUGGAAGGCUGAGAAUAUGUACACAUCAUAUGUAAAUUCUGUACAGAACACUAAUAUGGUGAUAGCAGUUUAAUGUUUAAAAACUAACAAAGUGUGCAGUGGCUUUGUAUGAACCUAUGUUAGCAGCCAACACCAAAACCUUGAGUAAAACAUAAAUGGUUUGGAUUGUUAAACAUUUUUCAUAUAUUCUCGUGUUCACAUUAUUAUCUAUGCAGGCAGUUAUCCAGGGAAAUAAGAAAACACACAGCAAUGAGUAACAAUGAAAAGAUCAUUCCCUCUUGCCUGAUAUGUUACGAGUUUCUAAUAUCUCACAUGAUUGUAACGCAUUUUGUUAUUACUGACAUUAAACUUGUAAUCAUGAGGA